AUGAACAUGAUUAACUUAGUCAGUAUUGAAUUUGAUUUUAACUGCAUGGGAUCGAUUAUAAUCUUAUAUUUAAUAUCUCAUUCGUUAGCGAUAAUAACUUUAAUAACAGAAUUUAAAAUUAAUUUUUUGUUUGUUUGCAAAUUGCCUAUAUGUAAUAUUCGAAUAUAACAAAUUGACAAUAACCUAUUAAUGGCUUUGAAUAGCAAUUAGAGAGAGAAGUAUUGGUUAGAAAGGAUUAAUAAUGAACUAAAACCAAAACUGCAUACUCUUUCUUCUUUUUAACAGGUUAGAAUUACUUAUAUAAUUUAAAAUAAAAAAAACUUCAUUUGGUCAUUAACAGGUAAGAAUAUUUAAAGGGUAAUUCAGAUAAAUAUUUUUGUAAGUUAGUGUCUUUGCUUUAAAAAUUUUGUGAUAAUUAAUUAUGAUAUCCAUAAAAAUAAACUUUCUUAACUUUUAUCAGUAAUUUAAAAAAGAUCUUAAUUUUAGAUGACAAAUCAGCUUAAUAUUUUUACGAGUUAAAGAUUUUAGUCUUAAAAACUUCAGACCGUUUAAUUAAUGAAUAAUAUAUGCAAAUAAUUAAAUAGAUAUAUAACCUUGAAAACUUUACUAAAGACAUUUAAAUAUUAGUGUAAAUCGCCUUUAAUCACUUGA